AUGGCCGACCAUCAUGAGGAGGCUGCUGUUGCUGCCGCAGUUGAGGCGCAGCAACAGAAGAGGGGAGGACGCAAAGGUGGAAAGGGGGGUGGUAGAGGAGGCGGAGGAGGAGGAGGAGGCCAGCCGAGAGAGGUGUUGGUUUCCAAGGCCCUUUCGAAGCUUUUGAGGCAUCAGGCUGAGAAUGCGGGUCUUAGGCUUGACGAGGGCGGGUAUGCGCCCCUGGACAAGGUGCUCGCAUACGGCCCUAUCAAGUCUCUACAGGUAACUUUCUCCGACAUCCAAGCCGCGGUAACGACGUCGGACAAGCAGCGCUUCGCACUCAAGCCCGCCCACGCCGCCGUGCUGGAGGAGACGUCGACGGCGCCCUCGGACUGGCUGAUCCGCGCGAACCAAGGCCACAGCAUCAAAGUCGACUCGGCGGGCCUCUUGACGCCCAUCACGCUCGAGAGCGAAAAUGUGCCGCCGGUGGUUGUGCAUGGGACGUAUUUUGCGUUUUGGAAGCAAAUUGAGGCGUCGGGCGGGUUGAAGAGGAUGGGGAGGAACCAUGUCCACUUUGCGACGGGGUUGCCCGGCGACGAGAGGGGUGUGGUGAGCGGGAUGAGGAAGGAUGCUGAGGUGUUGGUGUAUGUUGAUGUGGAGAGGGCGUUGAGGGAGGAGGAGGGGGUGAUGAAGUGGUGGGUCAGUGAGAAUGGGGUUGUGUUGACGGAGGGGGAUGGGGAGGGGGUUGUUCCGUGUCGGUUGUUCAAGGAGGUUGUUGCGAGGGAGGAGGGGAGCGGGGUGGGUGUGCUUUGGAGGGAUGGAGGGAAGGUUGGGGAGUUGCCUGAGGGGUUGAGGAUGAGGGCGCCGCCUGGUAAGGGGAGAGGCGGGAGAGGUGGUGGUGGGAGGAGGGGAGGGAAGGCUUGA